GCGGGGUCCGGGCGGGGGGCGCCCUUAAAGGAGCCCCGCCACUCUACCUGACUCGGGGAGCAGCGUCUACCAUGGCAUUUUGGACCCAGCUGAUGUUGCUGCUUUGGAAGAAUUUUACAUAUCGCAGGAGAAAGCCGGUACAGCUGGUCAUCGAGCUGCUCUGGCCCCUGUUCCUUUUUUUAAUUCUGGUUGCGGUCCGGCAGUCCCACCCGCCCUUUGAGCACCAUGAAUGCCACUUCCCCAAUAAGCCGCUGCCUUCGGCAGGCAUGCUCCCCUGGUUCCAAGGCCUCCUGUGCAACAUGAACAACCCCUGCUACCGGUACGCCACUCCUGGGGAGACCCCCGGCGUCCUGGACAACUUCAACGAGUCCUUGAUCUCUAGGCUCCUGGCUGAUGCCCGGCUGGUGCUGAGCAGCCCCAAUACACAGAGGACUCUUAGAAGCUUCAGGAAACUGAUGCCUUCCCUGCAACCGCUCCAGGGGUCUGCCCUGCCGCUCCGAAACUACCUGCUGCCGGGAGAGACAUUCUCAAAGUUCCUGCAAGAGAACACAUCUCUGCCUCAGUCUCUGGCUGAGGAACUUCUGGACACCCCGCUUAGUUUGCAAGGGCGGCCCCCAACUUUGCCUUUGCCGGACCUGGUCUGCAACGCCUCCUUGCUUAGCACCUGGCUCAGCGCCUCUGAGGCCCUGCAGCAAGGUCUGUGUGCCCUCCCUCCAGCGGAACUCCGAGCCCUCGGAGCCAGCUUCCUGUCCCAGGCAGACCCGGAUCGGCUGUUCGCUGCACUGAAGGCCAAUCAUAGACAGCUGACCCCCCAGGCCGUGGCUGCCUUCAUGGAGGCAUGGGAGGCCACGAGUAGGGAGCUCUCUAUGCUGCACAGCUUAGCAGAGCUUCGGGCAGAGCUGCGGAGGGCCCCGGGUCCAGGCAGCCCCGUGGAAGGAGUGUCUCGAGUCCUGUGCGGAAAGUCCAGGGACCAAGGAGUUGAAAUCCCCUCCCUCAACUGGUAUGAAGAUGAUGACCUCAAGAUGAUGCUAGGGCAGGGCCGAGGAAGACUGUCCUCUCCCACGGACAACAGCACCAGUCCCUUCUGCCAGAAACUAAUCGAGUCCAUGGAGGCACAUCCUAUAUCUCGGCUCCUUUGGUGGCGGCUCAAGCCCCUUGUUCUUGGCAAGAUCCUGUAUACACCCAACACAGCGAUCACCCGGAGAAUCAUGGCCGAGGUGAAUCAGACAUUCUAUCAGCUGUCCCUGCUGAAGGAGCUGCACAGCCUCUGGACAGAGCUCAGCCCCCAGAUCUCCAGCUUCAUGAACAACAGCGAGGAAGUGGCGCUCCUGAAGAGGCUGCUCCAGAUGCCCUCCUGGGAAGACAGGCUGAGGCAGCCCGGGAACAGGACGUCGGCCCUCCGCACCUUCCUGGGCUUUGAUGGGAGUGGCUACAGUUGGAAAGAGGCCCACGAAGACGUAACUCUGAUAGUGGACAGCGUGGGGAGAGUGCUGGAGUGUGUCUCUCUGGACAAGCUGGAGCCAGUGAUGACAGAGGACAGUCUCAUGGCUCGGGCCACGGAGCUGCUGGAGCAGCGGCGCUUCUGGGCCGGCAUCGUCUUCCUGGGGCUUCAGGAUGGGGGAGCUCCCAGUCACAUCCGCGUCAAGAUCCGAAUGGAUAUCGAUGAUGUCACUAGGACUAAUAAGAUCAAAGACAGGUUCUGGGACCCAGGCCCAGCAGCGGAUCCCGUCAUGGACAUGCGCUAUAUAUGGGGUGGCUUUGUCUACCUUCAGGACCUCCUGGAGGGGGCAGUCGUGCGGGUGCUGAACAGCUCUGCCCGCCCUGCCAGCAUCUACCUGCAGCAGAUGCCCUACCCCUGCUAUGUGGACGAUGUAUUCCUGCGCGUGCUGAACCGGUCACUGCCGCUGUUCCUGACCCUCGCCUGGAUCUAUUCCGUGGCACUGACGGUGAAGGGCGUCGUUCAGGAAAAGGAAGCCCGCCUGCGUGACACCAUGCUGGCGAUGGGCCUGGACCGCAGUGUCCUGUGGGGCAGCUGGUUUAUCAGUAGCCUCUUGCCGUUCUUGGUCAGCAGCAGCCUUCUUGUUUUUAUCCUCAAGCAGGGGGACAUUCUCCCCUAUAGCGACCCCUUCCUCGUCUUUCUCUUCCUGGCUGCCUUUGCUGUUGCCACCGUCUGCCAGAGCUUCCUGUUCAGCGCCGCCUUCUCCCAUGCUAAUGUGGCGGCUGCCUGUGGAGGCCUCCUUUACUUCACCCUCUACCUGCCCUAUGUACUUUGUGUGGCCUGGAGGGACCGACUGCCACCAGCCCUGCGCCUGGUUGCGAGCCUGUUGUCUCCCGUGGCUUUUGGCUUUGGCUGCGAGUACUUCUCCCUGUAUGAGGAGCAGGGUGUGGGCAUUCAGUGGCACAACAUGGGCCGGAGCCCUGUGGCUGAUGAUGGCUACAACCUGGCACUGUCUGAGGCUCUGCUAAUCCUGGAUGCUGGACUCUAUGCUACAGCCACCUGGUAUAUUGAGGCCAUCUGCCCUGGUCAGUAUGGAAUCCCUCAGCCCUGGAAUUUUCCCUUCCGGAAAAGCUACUGGUGUGGAGAGCUGGCAUCAGUCAGCCUGGACCCAACCCCUUCCAAGGAUGACACCCAGGUGCUGGUGGAAGACCCCCCUCCUGGGCUCCGGGUGGGUGUGUCUCUUCGAGGCCUGGUGAAGUACUACCCUGGCAGUGUCCGCCCCGCCCUUCAGGGGCUCAGCCUGGACUUCUACGAGGGCCACAUCACUGCCUUCUUGGGCCACAAUGGGGCUGGCAAGACCACGACCCUUUCCAUCCUGAGUGGCCUGUUUCCUCCCACCCGGGGAUCUGCCUUCAUUCUCGGUCAAGACAUCAGCUCCAACAGAGCAGCUGUGCACCGAAACCUGGGCCUCUGCCCCCAGCACAAUGUGCUCUUUGACAUUCUGACUGUGGAAGAACAUAUCUGGUUCUAUGGGCGUCUCAAGGGACUGAGCCAGGCAGCGGUGGGCCAGGAGCUGCCUCGCCUCCUACAGGAUGUGGGGCUCCCACACAAGCGGCAGGAACAGACUCGUCACCUCUCUGGCGGGAUGCAGAGGAAGCUGUCCGUAGCCAUUGCCCUUGUGGGUGGCUCCCGAGUGGUCAUCUUGGAUGAACCUACAGCUGGUGUGGACCCAUUCUCCCGCCGAAGCAUCUGGGAGCUGCUGCUCAAAUAUCGGCAAGGUCGCACAGUGAUCCUGUCCACUCACUAUAUGGAUGAGGCAGAGCUACUGGGAGACCGUGUGGCAGUGAUUGCGGGGGGUCAGCUGCGCUGCUGCGGGUCACCCCUCUUCCUCAAGAGCCGUCUGGGCACUGGCUACUAUCUGACCCUCAUGAAGCACCGGCCAACUGUGCUCAAAGCUGGGAAGGACCAGCACCAUGGCAGACUGGAGAAGACCUGGAUCAAAGGCCCAGAAAGCAAAGAACGUAGCCUGACUAAUGUCACUGAUGUGGCGCAGCUGCUUACACUCGUACAGAGCCUUGUCCCUGGAGCCCAGCUGGUGGAAGAGCUGGGCCAUGAGGUGGUGCUGACCCUGCCGUACUCUGGGGCCCAUAAUGGGGCCUUUGGGGAGCUCUUUCAGGAGCUGGACAGGCACCUCGAGGAGCUUGGCAUCUCCGGCUAUGGGAUCUCGGACACCACCCUGGAGGAGAUCUUCUUGAAGGUGGCCGAGGACAGUGGAGUCGAUACAGACCCAGAAGAUGGUGCGGACCAGCCCCUUCAGCUGGGGGUGCCUGCCCCGGCCUCUGCGCACUGCCAGAGCAUGAGCAGCGAGGAGCAUGCAGAGGCAAAUGGGGAAGUGGCAGGGGUCAAUUCUGCAGAGUUGCAGGCUCUGCACGGAGAGCUGGGCACCUCUGGGCGCGUGCAGGGCUGGGCCCUCACCCGGCAGCAGCUCCGGGCCCUGUUCACCAAGAGGUUCCUUCAUGCCCGCCGCAGCCGCCGGGGCCUUUUUGCACAGAUUGUGCUCCCUGCCUUCUUUGUGGGCCUGGCUCUCUUCUUCAGCCUUAUCGUGCCCCCGUUUGGCCACUAUCCGCCUCUGGAGCUCCAGCCAGCCAUGUAUGGGUCCCAGGUCUCUUUUUUCAGUGAGGAUGACCCUGGAAACCUCAAAUAUGCCCAGCUGUUGAAUGCCCUCCUGUCUGAACCCAGCUUCCAAGGCUCUUGUGGGAAGAAGAGCUCAGGCCCGGGGCAAGACUGUGCCUGGCCUACCAACCACAGCUUCUGGGUGCCCCCGGUAUCCGAGGCUGUGGCUAGAGUCUUUGCUACGGGCAACUGGACCCUGCAGUUCCCUUCCCCUGCCUGCCAAUGCAGCAGCCCCGGAGCCCGGAAGAUGCUCCCAGACUGCCCAGAGGCUGCAGGGGGCCUCCCACCUCCCCAGAUGCAGAUGGGCCCGGGAGAUGUUGUACAGAAUCUGACGGGAAGAAAUAUCUCAGACUAUCUGGUUAAAACCUAUCCUCGGGUCAUCAGUCGGGGGCUGAGGACCAAGAAGUAUGUCAAUGAGAUUAGGUAUGGGGGCUUCUCCCUGGGGGGCAGCCCCAGCUUGGGCCUAGGCUCUGGACCAGAGAUCCUCAGCACCAUCCAGGAGUUCCAAGGCUUAUUCUACGGCUCCCGGAACAAUGUGGUGCAUCAUCUGCUACAAAAUCUCAGUGCCUGGGCUGAGGGCCUGGACACACAGAGCAAUGUGAAGGUCUGGUUCAACAACAAAGGAUGGCACGCCAUGGUGGCCUUUAUCAACACACUGAACAACGGGCUUCUGCGUGCUCACCUGCCCCCGGGGGCUGACCCCCGUACCUACAGCAUCACCACUCUGAACCACCCCCUCAGCCUCACCAAGGAGCAACUCUCGGAAGCCACCCUGAUGGCCUCUUCGGUGGAUGUGCUGGUGUCCAUCUGUGUGCUCUUUGCCAUGUCCUUCGUCCCAGCCAGCUUUGUGCUCUUCCUCAUUGAGGACCGAGUCAGUCGAGCCAAGCACCUGCAGUUCUUAGGGGGCCUGCCUCCAACCCUCUACUGGCUGGGCAAUUUUGCAUGGGACAUGUGUAACUACCUGGUACCAGCAGGACUGGUGGUGCUCAUCUUCCUGGGUUUCCAGCAGCGGGCAUAUGUGGCCCCAUCGAAUCUGCCUGCCCUCCUACUGCUACUGCUGCUGUAUGGCUGGUCCAUCACCCCACUCAUGUACCCAGCCUCCUUCCUGUUCUCUGUGCCCAGCACAGCCUAUGUGGUCCUGACCUGUCUCAACCUCUUCAUUGGCAUCAAUGGCAGUGUGGCCACUUUUGUCCUGGAGCUCUUUUCCAACCAGAAACUGAAGGAUGUGAGCUGGAUUCUGAAGAGAGUUUUCCUCAUUUUCCCGCAUUUCUGCCUAGGCCGAGGGCUCAUAGACAUGGUUCGGAACCAAGCUGUGGCUGAUGCCUUCCUGCGCCUGGGAGAUGAGCAGUUCCAGUCCCCGCUGAGCUGGGAGCUUGUCGGCAAGAACCUCUUUGCUAUGGGGCUGCAGGGGCCUGUCUUCCUUCUCCUAACCCUCCUCCUGCAGCACCGAGCCCAUCUCCUACCUAGAUGGUUUCGGGAGCCUCAGCUCCUGCAGAGAGAGGAGGACCAGGAAGAAGAUGAGGACGUGGGCCGGGAACGGGAGCGGGUUCAGCAGGGGGCCACCCAGGGAGAUGUCUUGGUGCUGAAGGACCUGACCAAGAUAUACCCGGGCCAGAAGAAGCCAGCUGUGGACCACGUGUGUGUGGGGAUCCCCCCAGGGGAGUGUUUUGGGCUCCUGGGGGUAAAUGGGGCAGGGAAGACUUCCACAUUCCGCAUGGUGACAGGGGACACCCCAGUGAGUGGGGGUGAGGCCAUCCUUAUGGGCUGCAGCAUCCUCAGUGACCUGCAGGCAGCCCAGAGCCACAUGGGCUAUUGCCCCCAGUUUGAUGCCAUCACGGAACUGCUGACUGGCCGGGAGCACCUGGAAUUUUUCUCUCGACUCCGGGGAGUGCCUGAGGGAGAGGUUGCCCAGGUGGCCCAGUUGGGCCUGGCCAGGCUGGGGCUGCUACAGUACGCAGACCAGCCCUCGGGUGGCUACAGUGGCGGGAACAAAAGGAAACUGUCCACAGCCAUCGCCCUGGUGGGAGGACCCCCGGUCAUCUUCCUGGAUGAGCCCACCACCGGAAUGGACCCCCGGGCCCGUCGCUUCCUCUGGAACAGCGUCCUGGGUGUUGUCAAAGAGGGACGCUCGGUGGUGCUAACCUCACACAGCAUGGAAGAGUGUGAGGCUCUCUGUACCCGCUUGGCCAUCAUGGUGAAUGGGCGUUUCCGGUGCCUGGGCAGUGCCCAGCAUCUUAAGAACAGGUUCGGAGAGGGCUACACAGUGUCCCUGCGAGUGCCCACCUCGCACCCAGGGCCUGCUCAGGAUUUCAUGGAGACCUCUUUCCCCGGAGCCCUGCUCAAGGAGCACCAUGGCUGCCUGCUACGAUACCAACUGCCCACUGGGCACUGCCCGCUGGCCCGCCUCUUCAGUGAACUAGCCACCCACAGCCCCCGCCUGGGCAUCGAGGACUUCUCUGUAACCCAGACCACACUUGACCAGGUGUUUGUCUAUUUCGCAAAGGACCAAGGUGAGGAGGACAGCCCUGGGAAGCCGGCCUCUCCCUGCCCUGGGUCCAGUUCGCAAAUUCCCCACAGGGUCAGCCGUUUUCUGGAGGAUACCAGUGUGGGCGAAAGCUUGGUCUGACCCAACAGGUGGAUGGACAGACAGGGGGACUGCCCAGACGGGAGCCUGCCCCCUGGAAUGGGAGGAGAGAGCUUUGUGAUGUCCAUGGGGCAGCUCCCACCACUUGUCCCCUGUCUCUGCCCCUACCGGCCCCCAUGGGGCCCCCUUGUCCAGCCUAGCAGGAAGCUAGGCAGCUAAUGAAAGGGAAGGGCCUCCCCACAAAGGGGGGCUCCUGCUGUGGCUCUCCAUUCUAGGAACUCAGGGCUCCAUGGUCCUCUCCUCUGCACUCCCCUUUCUCCCAAAUAAAAAAA